AUGCAGUAUCUGGAGGAUAUCAUAGAAUUGGUCGAAGAUUUACCGGAAGAGAUUGGCAGAAGAUUCGAACAGAUGAGAAAAUGGGACAAUGAUGUGGAAAGACUUCGACUGGAAUGUAAAUAUGCAGCUAAACGUAUUAUGGAGGUUAGAGAGACUUCUCAACCAAUGAGAGAAAAAAUAUUGAUGGAGCUUGCUGAUAAGUAUCGCCUGAUCCAUCGGUUAAGUGAGAGGAAAUUGGAUCUUGCCAUCAGAAGUGAACGUUUAAUGAGUGCGGUUCUUGAGAAGGUGGCUGAUUCAUCGUAUUUGUGUAAGAUAGAGCUGGAAGUUGAUAACCCAGGAUGCACUGAAGCAAUAGAAAAAAAUUUCUGCCGCAUGCUCGGGCUCAAACCGACUUCAUCACACUUAACUUCUUGUAAUGUAGAAUUUGAACCAAUGGAAGAUGUGAAGUCAAUAACGCAUGGUCAGCAGCAUGACGUCAAUGGAGAAUUGACUUCCGCAUUUGAUCUCAAAGAUCCUGCUUUAUCAAGUAUAAACGGCAAACCAGAUAGGGAACGAUUUGGAAGUCCUUCACCAAGGGUUACUCCAUGUGACAGUCCUCAGCCCACUUCAACUUCUGCAUCGAGGUUAAAGAAGAGAAAGUACAACUCUGGUACUCCGCCACCAACUGUUUCGAACUAUACGCGUAGGAAGCAAGAAAGAGAGAGGGAGCGAAUGAAGCUGAAUAAAAUACAUGCUGCUCGUCAGGAAGAAUAUCGACGCAAACAGCAGAAAAUGGCAAUGGCGUCGGAACCAGAUCUGGCUUCAUUUUCCGGAGGUACAAAUGACUCUGGUCUUGGUGGCGUUCUUGAUGAGGACGUUGCAUUGUCCGAGGACGUUAAGUGGAAAGAGCAAGAUCCACUUGGGUCAGACGACGAUUUCGAUGCAAAUGAUGUGUUGGGCUUGUUCCCAUCGCUACCGUCACCUCCUAGAGAAAUAAUGGAGUCCUUGAAGGAGGAUUCUCUGUUUCCUGAUGAUGACUUUAUGGGUUAUGAAACACACGCAACGACCUUCCCUCAAUCGCCUGCUAUGCAAGGCCUUCUGUUGGACUCUGCUGCGUCGUCGCCUUCACCUUCGACCAGCGCUUCUUCAUGGGAUCGAAAGAAGAGAACAAGCAUCUCUUUCGGAAACGUGAACGAAACCACUAGUCUACACGGACGUCCGAGGAAAAUGACAGAACGGGCUGUGGAACUCCUUCAAAAUCAUAAGGAUCGGGAAAAAUUCAAGAGAAGUGGAGUCAAAGCAGAGUCGGUCGAUGGAGAAGGCAAUGAGAGAUGGUGUUUCUGUAGAGAGGUGUCAAGCGGUAGUAUGAUAUGCUGUGAUGAUCCGGACUGUAAAUAUCAAUGGUUUCAUUUCGAAUGUGUUGGUCUAGUUGUGGAACCGAAAGGACAAUGGUUCUGUUCCGAGUGUUCUAUGAAAAAACGCUAA